AUGAUGCAAGAGCACAAGUCGUUUCUAAUAAGGGAUCUUCUGGGUGACGUUCUGUCCGAGAGGGUGCACGAAGACUCUGAGGACGAUUCCGCCGUUCAUUCGGACUCCGAGGACACGAUCGACCCCGGAAGCAGCCCGUGCACGCGGCUAGAGAGUCCUCCGCCAGCCUUGUCGCCGUCGCCUGUGGCAGCGACUUCCGGCAAGUCCUGCAACACGACCAGCGGUCCUCCCAGCGGCAGGAAGCCCAGGAGAAGACGAACGGCCUUCACUCACGCCCAGCUCGCCUACCUGGAACGGAAAUUUCGCUGUCAGAAGUAUCUGAGCGUCGCGGACCGCAGCGACGUCGCCGACGCGCUCUCGCUCUCGGAAACCCAGGUCAAGACUUGGUACCAAAACAGAAGAACCAAGUGGAAACGACAGAACCAGCUGAGACUGGAGCAGCUCCGGCACCAGGCGACGGUGGAGAAGGAGCUGCUGGUCCGAGGCGUGGGUCUUCAUCACGGUAGCAUAGAUGCCUACUGUCCACCUUACAACGCUCAGACCCAGACCCAGAGCCAUCAGCCACCGCCGCCGCCGCCUCCGGCGCCGCCCUCCGCCUCGACGGCCGCGUUCCUCUCCACCGCGGCCGCCCUGUUCCGGAACGUGACCUACGUCCAUGGAUGUCCGCUCUAA